AGAGACACAGCAAGGAUCAACAUGGAAGACCCCGAAGCACAAGGAAUGAAGAAGAUGAGCAACAUUUACGAGUCGGCUGCCAACACACUGGGAAUCUUCAACAGCCCCUGCCUGACCAAAGUGGAGCUGCGAGUGGCGUGCAAAGGGAUUUCUGACAGAGAUGCCCUUUCCAAGCCAGACCCGUGUGUCAUCCUCAAAAUGCAGAGCCACGGACAGUGGUUUGAGGUUGACAGAACAGAGGUGAUUCGCACCUGCAUCAACCCAGUGUACUCAAAACUGUUUACUGUGGACUUUUACUUUGAAGAGGUACAGCGCCUGCGCUUUGAGGUCCAUGACAUCAGCAGUAACCACAAUGGGCUGAAGGAGGCCGACUUCCUUGGUGGCAUGGAGUGUACCCUUGGCCAGAUUGUUUCCCAGAGGAAAUUGUCCAAAUCCUUGCUGAAGCACGGGAACACGGCAGGAAAGUCCUCUAUCACGGUGAUUGCAGAAGAAUUAUCUGGCAAUGAUGACUACGUUGAACUUGCCUUCAAUGCUCGGAAAUUGGAUGACAAGGCAGUCUUCAGUGAAAGCCAGCCUUUCAUAAAGUCUCUGCGCCUCCAUGACCUACCACUCUUCUCUUCUCCUCUCUUUCCUCAGGUUGUGAUGAAUAACUUAAGCCCAGCCUGGAAAUCCUUCAAAGUGUCGGUCAAUUCGCUGUGCAGUGGAGACCCAGACCGCCGGCUGAAGUGCAUCGUGUGGGACUGGGACUCCAACGGCAAGCAUGACUUCAUUGGGGAGUUCACGUCAACGUUCAAGGAGAUGAGGGGCGCGCUGGAAGGGAAACAGGUGCAGUGGGAGUGCAUCAACCCUAAGUACAAAGCGAAAAAGAAGAAUUACAAGAACUCAGGCACUGUGAUUCUGAACCAGUGUAAGAUUCACAAGAUGCAUUCUUUCUUGGACUACAUCAUGGGUGGUUGCCAAAUCCAGUUUACAGUAGCUAUAGAUUUCACUGCCUCAAACGGGGACCCCAGGAACAGCUGCUCCCUGCACUACAUCCACCCUUAUCAACCGAAUGAGUACCUGAAGGCCUUGGUGGCUGUGGGAGAGAUUUGCCAAGACUAUGACAGUGACAAAAUGUUCCCAGCCUUUGGAUUUGGAGCCAGGAUACCCCCAGAGUACACGGUUUCUCAUGACUUUGCGAUCAACUUUAACGAAGACAACCCGGAAUGUGCAGGAAUUCAAGGAGUUGUGGAAGCCUACCAGAGCUGCCUGCCUAAGCUACAACUCUACGGGCCCACCAACAUCGCCCCCAUCAUCCAGAAGGUCGCCAAGUCAGCCUCAGAGGAGACCAACACCAAGGAGGCUUCGCAAUACUUCAUCCUGCUGAUCCUGACAGACGGCGUCAUCACCGACAUGGCCGACACCCGGGAGGCCAUCGUGCACGCCUCCCACCUGCCCAUGUCGGUCAUCAUUGUGGGAGUGGGGAACGCCGACUUCAGCGACAUGCAGAUGCUGGACGGGGAUGAUGGCAUCCUGAGGUCCCCCAAGGGCGAGCCCGUCCUUCGAGACAUUGUGCAGUUCGUGCCCUUCCGGAACUUCAAACACGCAUCUCCCGCUGCCCUGGCCAAGAGUGUGUUGGCCGAGGUCCCCAACCAAGUCGUGGACUAUUACAACGGCAAAGGAAUUAAACCAAAAUGCUCAUCGGAAAUGUACGAGUCCUCCAGGACACUGGCACCAUGAACUCUGCACACUUUGACAAAGUUCCAAACUACUAUUCUUCCUCCUAUUGAUACUUCCCCUCCCCCCAUACUUAAAAAAAGCAACACGUACACAUUUAAAAAUAGCACGUUUUGGUGAUUUUUAACUAACCAAUGAUUUUCUUUGCAUGUGUAGCCCCCAAGGCCUGGAUCUGUUACCCUGUUGUAUUGUUUAAAAAAGACAGAAACAAACAAAAAAAGACUUUUUACACAGAAACACAAAUAACAACUUACUCUUUACAGUACAGCAUGUCGCCUUGAAAUAAAAUGGUAUAUCGGUAUCUGUUUUUUAUACAGGUUUGUUGACAUUUUGCUAAAUUUCUUAUUAUCUUUACACUGUAAAGCAUUUUGAAACCUUUAUUGAACGUCGAUAGCCAAAACAUAUUUGGUUUUAUCUGCUCCAGGCCGAAAGACUUUUCAAAAUGGCAGAUGCAUGGGCUGUAUUUUGCAUGUUUAAAAUAAAAACAGAAACAAGAAACCCACACUGUUUUUGCAGUUGGGAAUCUCACUAGUCUUCCCGGCUGAGGAUGAACAUGCUACUGAUGAGGAGAUGUAACCAGAGGUAGUCUUCUUGAAGUAGGGCUGUAGCUUCCAGCCUGGCGCUCCUCACACUUCACUGUACACACAACCCACCUGAGGGUCUUGUUAAAACCCAGAGACUGAUGCGGGAGGUGUGCCUGGGAGCAGCGAAGCUGCAUCUCUAACAAACUCCCAGGUGAUGUCCAUGUGGUCAUUGGCUCACACCGAGAGUGGUGAGGCGCUGGACUCUAGGCCGUGACCCAUCAAGACCAUUUCAAGCAGGGCAGCUCCUAGUCUGCUGGAGAAGGGCAUCUCUUCCCACCCGUAGUUCAAAAGCCCUGCCUGUCUCAGAGGUAGGAACAGAACGCAAUGAGGCUGGUUCCAGAAACUGCAGACCCCAAAUCAGUCUCGCAGCGCUAUCUUCACACCUCUUGCUUCCACGAGAUGGGAGAAUGCUGCUUCUGGCCAGCCCCUGCCUUCUGCAAGGAGGCGUCCCUCGUCCCUCAUCCCUCGACGUGGUUCUGUGUUUAAGCCGGUCCCUAGGAAUGGGCUGAAAGCACGUUCAUUGAAACCUGUUCACAGCAAAGGGCCAUGCAGCGUGGAGGCGUUCUGUUAGCAUGUCAGCCGGCCGGUCUUGGAUCCGAAGAAUGGAGGCUUCGCUCCCAUCAUCUUCUCGCAGAUAAAAGGACAAGUGUUUUCCAGCAAAAAAAGACGCAACGCGGGACUUCUUUGGGGGUCAGAGAAAUGAAAAGUCAAUCACAAAGCGUAACUAGUCCUGUGUGUUUGUUUGCUGGGGGUGGGGUGGGGGGAGGGUGAACAAACCCUGUGUGAUUUCCAGAGUUGUCAUUUUAGAUCCUAACUUUGCAAAUACAUGUCACCCAAGCACAACGUUUUGGGAAUGAUGGUUAAAAAAAACAUGUAUGACUGAAAAAAAUCAUCAAUAUUUAAACUGUAUUGUUUUAUGAAUAAAUUGGGUACUUACAGAA